GAAAGGUCGCAGGGAAGUGAUAUAUGUCCAUGACGUCAUGGAGACCUCCAGGUCACAUGUUCCGGUGCCUGGGGAUUACCGUUGUUGCCUGAUGGCCUGAUGGCCCCCAGGCAAUGAUUUUUACCCUGGCGGUUUAGCCCCAACAGCCUCAAAAAUGUGUGUUCAUUUCCACAAUAAUCGCACAAGAUACAGCGGUGAUGGCCUUUCCUCCAGCUUCCGCUGGGCCCAAUGCAGUUAGAGCCUAUCUCUCUGAUAUCCUCGUCGCUAAGCAUGACGCGACCGCAGACUUCGCCAACGAAGUAGCUAGUCGCUGGCAAUUAGGUCGACCAAAUGACCUGCGCCAUGCAUUUACCGGGACCUUCGAACGGGUUUUUGGAAAAGACGUUGGGAACUUUCUAUACCGAAGCGUCCAAGAGGAUAUCCGGGAGCAGUGGUACAGCUCUACCGCCGGGGUAUUUAAUUCCUGGGUGUUGGUCUGCUCCGUAGUGGUCUGCGUGUUCUUUCUCAUUCGGGCAACACGCGCAAGUGCAUCUUCCACGAGUGCUGCGGCCUUGCGCUACGCCGGGCUAGCCUUUGGGCCGCCGAUGGUCUUCUGUGGAGUGCAGGGCCAUUACAGCCAGUGGCAGUUUGCUCGCCUUUUUCUCGGUGGAAUUGUAUGCUUCUUGACUUUUCUCGCGUUUCUGGUUGCUUCCACAGACCCGUAUAUGGAGAAGCAGAAGAUAGAAACAGGAGGCAGAAAGCAGGGCAAAGUGGAACGGAAAGAGUAGUGCAGUUGUGGCGUGCUUUUCAGAUGAGACUAUGUACUGGUGACAGCUCAGCAUGAUCUGAGAAAUGCUGGUUCCCUAUCAAGAAAGCAUUAGAUGCUCAAGACAUAGGGAGGAGCUACCCUCCGGAGCUUGGCAGAUCAUGGACUUCAUUACGCAAGGUCACGUCGGAGAUAUACCAUGAUACCCCUUAGGAUAUUCUAAGAGAAUAUCUCGGAUAGGUUCCUGUGGACAUUAUACCCUGGUUCAUGAUCAAGGUCGCGAGAGCAUAGCGUGAAUUAGUGCUAUAUAGAAUGUACCGAUAUGUAUAUCACUGGCUAGUGAAGAAGGGAAAAGCAAUUCAAUCCUGU